UGUGAUCCAGCAUAUCCCCCCCAUCAAAGCUCAACUUCAGAGCUUGAAUAGAAUCCAAUCUCCAAACUCCGUAGUUUUGAAAGAAUCCAAUACACCACUUGUUGCUGUAUUGGUAGCUUGAUCUUUCGAUCAUGGCUUGGGAUAUGGAUCCAGCUUUUGCACAGGUCCAAGAAGAUAGACCUUCUAAUACAGCCAAUCUCUCAGCUGAGGGAGUCCCGAUUAUCGAUCUCGGCCCCCUGUUUUCAUCGAACUCGGAUGACUCAACUGCACUCUCAAAAAUAGUUGAUCAAAUUGGGAAGGGGUGCAAAGAGUGGGGAUUCUUUCAAGUCAUAAACCAUGGGAUGCCCAUUGAGCUUCGAAACGAGGUAAAAAAAGUUGCAGCCAAGUUUUUCAGCCAGUCGGUGGAGGAGAAGAGGAAGAUUCGAAGGGAUGAGGAUAAUGCGAUGGGAUAUUUUGAUGCGGAGAACACAAGGAAUGUGAGGGAUUGGAAGGAGGUGUUUGAUUUUCUGGUCGUAAACCCGAGCGAGAUCCCGGCGGAGUACGAUGGCGAGCAGGUGACACGUACGAUUACGAUGGGGAAUCGGUGGCCGGAAAAUCUUCCUGAAAUGAGAAAAGCUUGCGAGGAAUAUGCCAAAGCCACUGAAAAGCUGGCUAUCAAACUCCUGGAACUCAUCUCAUUGAGCUUAGGAUUGUCUGCAACAUGCUUAAAUGGGUUCUUCAAGAACCAAACCAGUUUUAUUAGGCUCAAUUACUACCCUCCAUGCCCUUGUCCCGAUGUCGCACUAGGCGUGGGAAGGCACAAAGAUGCCGGUGCCCUCACGGUGCUUGCCCAAGAUGAGGUUGGUGGCCUAGAGGUCAGGGGCAAAGAUGGAAAGUGGGUUGCAGUGAAGCCGGUGCUGGAUUCUUACAUAAUCAAUGUAGGGGAUAUUGUUCAGGUUUGGAGCAACGAUGCCUAUGAGAGCGCGGAGCAUAGAGUGGUGGUGAACUCUAAAAGGGAGAGGUUUUCUGUUCCCUUCUUUUAUAACCCCUCCCAUUAUGAGUUCAUUAAACCCCUUGAAGAAUUGUUGUCCAAGGACAACCCCCCAAAAUAUUCAGGUUACAAUUGGGGCUACUUAUUCACAAGUAGGAAGCUCAGCAAUUUCAAAAAGAUGACCGUUGAGAACCUUCAGGUCCACCACUUCAAGGCAUUUCCAUGAUAAUGUAUGAGGAGUUUGGAUGCAAUUAAAGAAAUAGUUGGAUAUAAUGCAAUGUUACUUGGACUUAGUGGGCAUAUUUUAUGUAUAUCGAAUAAGCUUGUUGGUUUAUUUCUUGGGAGGACAGGCGAUAUUGCAUGUAGAUAAACUCCAUAUUGCACUAAAGUUGCUGGUCAACAGAGAGACUUGGUAGUGAAUGUAAAUAUACUUCAAAUUGCAGCAGAGUUGCUAGUCAGUGGGCUUU